AUGGCCGUACGUACGAUGCCCGCGGUGACUCUGACGGAAGCAACCAGCUUUCCCACCGCUGGCAUUGGCGGCUCUUACUACGACACGGCCUUUGGCGUCCCUACCUACGGCAGUGCUGUCUUCAAUCAGACUACCUGGCGUCUUCUUGACAAUUGGGAUCAUGGCAAUGUCAACUACGCUUCAAGCGAGGGAUUGGCAGCUGGUCUCGCAUGGGCAACCUUGAUCUACCUUCUCGCUCUCACUCCGAGCCACAAGAGAACCACCCCUUUCCACUGCUUUCUCCUCACUGGCUUGGUCUUUAUGCUUCUGCAUCUCAUGAUCAAUGUCAUUGCCGCUCUCACUCCUGGUCUGAAGACUACGACUGCCUACAUCUACAUCACCCUCGACAUCGCCUCCAGCGCCUGGCCUCGCAAGUACGUUGUAGUCACCGCCAUGAGCGCUGUUGCAUCCUGGUUUUCAUUCAUCUUCGCUGCUAUCUGUCUCUGGCUUCAGGCAAAGGGUUUGAUGACUGGCAUUCGUGUCCGUUUCAUCACCGUCUACAAGAUGAUCCUUGGAUACCUCAUCCUAACAUCUGUUCUUGCUCUGGCAAGCUGUGUGGCAUUCAACAUCAAGCAGAUCAUGUACAUUGGCAAGACCACUGCAUUGGAAGAGAGCACGGCUGUGCUGCAACUGCGAAACCUCUACCUCAUCACCUAUGCAAUCAGCAUUGGCAGCUUCUCCCUGGUCUCGAUUUUCUCCAUCGUCGACAUCAUCUGGCGUCGUCCUUCCCGAGUCAUCAAAGGACACAAUGUUUUUGCGUCGGCAUUGAACUUGGUCGGCCUGCUCUGUGCCCAGUCCUUCAUGGUUCCAUUCAUCUUCUGCAUCCUGCAGGUCAUCCCCAACAAUAGCGGAAUCAUGCUUCCCGAGAUCAUGCUUCUGCCAUCAGUCUAUGUCAUCCUUCCGCUCGGCUCCCUCUUCAUGACGGUCAACACUCCUGACUCGGAACCCACCUCCGGUGCUCUUCCUCUGAAGUCUGCCCCAAGCCCUGGUCCCUUUGACCGCUCCCCAACCUUGAACGGUGGCACUGUUUCCGGCUCUCGCCCAGGAUCAUAUGUCCCAGACAUGGCAUCUGAGAAGACCUAUACCGAUCGCAAGUCUGUCUGCAGCCAACUCGACCGUGAGCUCAACCUCAUCGAUUCCCUCGACACUCUCGGUAAACAGGAGGCCGACUCCAUGCUCCAUGGCCAGGGCAACAAGAAAGCCAAGACUUCUGACGCACCAAAGCACGCCUAUGGAGAGAAGGACAACAUCCACGUCGGCACUGAGCAGAUGGUCUAA